UCCUCACACUGGAGCAACUUGGCGCAUCAUCAACAUCAUCAGUACGAGAAAAAAAAACUGACCUGAGAGAAAUAUAGUAUGAAUAUUAUGUUUUGCUAUCACUUCUACUGAUGUUGCUUCAUUUUUACCAGGAGCAACGGAGAAGACUGCUAUUCUUUUACUUGUGCGUAAAAGUAUUUUGAUUGAUUAAUAAUUAACUGGAGAGUAACAUCGGCUUCGUGCUGUUACUGAUAUUUUCCCUUUCAGCACUCACUGGACUUUCAGCUCUUCCCUUCACUCACCAAAACGGAUUUAGCAGUUAAUUAGAGACGCACGCAAAUCACCGUGGUGUCCUGCGUCAGGAACUUUGCUCUGUCUCGCGAAGAAAAUAUUUAUUUUAAAAUCCAGUGAAAGUGGAUCGCUGAGAGACCCGGUCCGCUCUUGUGGACACUUUGCUGUCUUCUCCAACUGCAACGGGUUUGAUGGAAACAUGACCAAAGCUGUAACCGGAGCGGUUCUUCUGCACAGCCUCCUCUACCACCUGCUCCCGCUGCUGCUGCUGCUGCUGCUGCUUCAUGCCUCACCGGUGUGUCUGUCCGCGCAGCUCGGGCAUCCAGCGCGCUACUUCGGACAAAUAGCUGAGAACUCCCCGGCUGGGACACCGGUGGACGGGGUGGUACUGCAGCUCGGAGCCAGCGGCUGCCCCGGCGCGGACCUGAAUGCCAGUCUGAUGGGGAAUUACGCGUCGGAUUUUAGGCUCGUUCGCUACCGCGGGCACCGGGAUCACCGGGGGCAUCUAGGUUUGGUCUCCGCCAAAGCUCUGGACCGGGAGUUUAUAGCCAUGUACCAGUUGACGGUGGAGCUGCCGCAGUGUUUGAGAAGACCUGCCGCCGUCCAGGUCGAAGUGUCGGACAAGAACGACAACAUCCCCCAGUUCACCAGCGGGAACCAGACGGUCGAAGUGCACGAACUGACUCCGCUCGGUACCGACCUGGUCCGCUUUGACGCGAAGGACGGCGACGCGGAGAGGAACGGACGGGUCACUUUUUACGCCUCACCGGAGUCUCACCUGCUCCACGUGGUUCCACAAACCGGGCAGGUGAUGCUGGUCGGGUCCCUCCUUGGUGUCAGCCAGGUGACUCUGCGCAUUUACGUAAAUGACGGCGGAGAUGUGUCGCUGACAGGUGAGCCGGUUUUCCUGCGCAUCAACGUCCGCCGUUCCAGCAGAGCGCGGCGGAGGCCCCGGGCUCUGUCCGAAGAGCUGACCUAUACCGUGACCGUCCCGGACCACGUCAGAGUCGGGGACCUAGUGUUUACGGUGCCGGACCAGAGGUUCGAGCAGCGGAGGUUCGAGGUGAUCUCCGAUGCCGACUCGCCGGUCCAGAUCGAGCGGGACUCGGGGCGCCUGUACCUGGCGCGCAGCCUGGGAGAGCCCGCCGAGGUGGUGGUGAAGAUCCAGAACCUCCGAGGUGAUGAGUGGUACCUGUGCAGGUUGACUCUGAGCAUGUCCAGCCAGGCUGACCUGCAGUGGGCAAUGUUCCCAUCGCCUUACCUGGGCGCUGUGGGUCCCGACGCCACGCCCAGCUCUGUAGUGUACCGACUGUCCGCACGGCAGCGAGAUGGGACGCUUGGACAAGCCCAGUUCUUCCUACUGGACGGUGGGGAGGAGUGCUUCGAGGUGGAUCGUCGCUCUGGUGAGGUCAGGACCACAGGAAGACCUCUGACCCCCAGUAGGGAGUACCUUCUGCGGGUGCAGGCCACGGACAGGCAUGGCCGCAAAGGUCCGCUGGCUACAGUGGCCAUCUUGGCUGGCUACCGACCGCCGCAGUUUACUAACUCCACCUACAUCCUGAACGUGCAGGAGAACACACUUGUCGGCCAACCCGUCGCAGUGGUUCAGGCCGUCUCCUUCCAGAAGAAGAGUCUGUCCUACAUGCUCCUGGUGAAUCCUGGGAAUCUGUUCAGCAUCAACCAGGAGAGUGGAGGGCUCAGCCUCACCAGGACUGUGGACUAUGAGAGUGGACAUAACCUCCACAGCCUGCAGGUCCGUGCCUCCGAACCCGACACAGGCCUCAGCGGCGUGGCAGAGGUUGUCGUCCAAAUAACAGACGAGAACGACUGCACACCCGAGUUCCUCCACUCCAUCUACACCAGAGACAACAUACCUGAGAGCGUCGCACCUGGAACCUCCCUGCUGCAAGUUCUGGCCCGGGAUUGUGACUCCGGUGUGAACUCGGAGCUGUCUUACUUCGUUCACGGUGGCGACUUUGACAUCACAUCGGGGGGUGUGAUAAGCCCCGCCCGUCGCCUUGACUAUGAGCGACCCAAUCACAUCUAUGAGUUUGUGGUGGUCGCCGUGGAUGCAGGGACUCCCCCCCGCACGGGCACCGCCUCUGUCCGCAUUCGAGUCGCCAAUAGCAACGACGAGGCGCCCGUCUUCUCCCAGAACACUUAUAAGACCUUCCUAAGUGAGGAUGCUGGUCCAGACACGCUGGUCGCCAUCGUUCACGCCAAAGACCCGGACGGAGAUGCCGUCUCUUACGCUAUCACUGGCGGCAAUGAGGACAGCAACUUCCUGCUGGACAACCAGAAGGGCAUCAUCAAGCUGCGGCGGAGUCCGCCUCCCAGGCUCAGGGGACCGCAGUACGUUCUCAACAUCACCGCCACGGAUGACAACGCGUCUGGUGGACCUUACCCGCUGAGCAGCUCUGCCCAGGUCAUCGUAGGAAUCAACGACAUCAACAACAACAAACCGGUCUUCCAGGAGUGUCAGAACUACAGUCUGAACGCAGUGGUCCUGGAGAACCAGCCGCCAGGGACGUUUGUCCUGCGCGUCCAGGCCCACGACGCUGACAUUGGGGUCAACGGAGAAGUCAAGUAUGGCAUCAUGCAGAGAGACGGAGUGUCGUCCGGGUUUGACAUCAAUCCUGACACCGGUGUGAUCGCCACGGCGGUGAGUUUUGACCGGGAGCGUCAGCGCGAGUUCACGCUGUCGGUGACAGCCACAGAUCAGGCUGAGGAGCCGCUCAUCGGGAUCUGUCAGAUCACCGUCCUCAUCGCCGACCAGAACGACAAUGACCCCAAGUUUGAAAACAGCCGCUACCAGUACUUCCUGCGGGAGGACACCCCGGUAGGAACUAGUUUCCUGCGAGCAGCAGCACAUGAUGACGACCAGGGGAGCAACUCGGCCAUCACCUACUCCCUGUCCAAUCAGAAGCCAGCGUACCUGCACAUCAACCCCACUACUGGCUGGAUUUACGUCAACCACCCCAUCUCACAGACGUCCAAGAUCAACCAGCAGAUUGUGGCGUCAGAUGGAGGGAACCGCAGCAGCUCUGUGGAGCUAACUGUCAUAAUAACAAACGUCCACAACCAGCCGCCGCACUGGGAGCAGCCCGAGUAUUGGGUCACCGUGCCAGAAAACACCGUACGGGACGCCAAGAUAGUGACCAUCAAGGCGACGUCCCCUCUCGGUGACCCCCGGGUGACCUACAACCUGGAGGAGGGUCAGGUCCCGGAGACCAACAUGCCGGUGAGGUUCUACGUCAAGCCGAACCGGGCGGACAGCUCAGCGUCCAUCCUGGUGGCCGAGAACCUCGACUACGAGACAACGCGCUUCUUCACUCUCAGAGUGCGAGUCCAGAACGUCGCAGCCGUGCCGCUCGCAUCGUUCACCACCGUCUACGUCAACGUGACAGACGUGAACGACAAUGUUCCUUUCUUCCUGUCGUCCACCUACGAGGCCACGGUUCCUGAAGGAGCAGAGAUCGGCACGUCCGUGGCUCAGGUGUCGGCCACAGACCUGGACUCUGGUCUGCAUGGGAUGGUCCACUAUGUGAUCCUGAAGGAUGAGAGCGGGGACUCUCAGUUCUUCAGCAUCGACUCACGCAGCGGCGUCAUCGUCACGCGAGCCUCCUUCGACCGCGAGCAGAAAGCCUCCUACCUGAUCGAGGUCCAGUCGCAGGACAGCUCCGAGUCGUCCAGACCAGGCCAGCAGGGACAACCUAACACCGACACAGCCUACGUCAGGAUCUUCAUCACCGACGUCAACGACAACGCCCCGGCGUUCGCCCAGCCAGUGUACGAGGUGAGCGUGGAGGAAGACAAGGAGGUUGGCUUCGUCCUCAUCACCGUCACCGCCAACGACGAGGACGAAGGUGCCAACGCCAAGCUGCGCUACCAGAUCACCUCGGGAAACAUCAUGGGCACCUUCGACGUGGAGCCCGAGGUGGGCACCAUAUUUGUGGCUCAGCCUCUGGACUACGAGAUGGAGCAGCGCUACGAGCUCCGGUUGGUCGCCUCCGACGGGAAGUGGGAGAACGAGACGCUGGUGGUGGUUCAGGUGGUCAAUCGCAACGAUGAGGCGCCCGUCUUUAGCCAGACUGAGUACCACGCCGCCGUGACCGAAGAGCUCACCCAGCUGCCUGUUUUCAUCCUGGAGGUGUCAGCCACAGAUCCAGACCAGGAGGCCGACCAGACUGCCCUCCGCUACUCCCUCCAUGGCCAGGGUGCUGGUGGUGAGUUCACCAUUGAGGAACGCACUGGAAGAAUCCACGCCCAACGGCGCCUGGACCGCGAGGAGCGCCCAGCCUGGAGAUUCCUCGUCCUCGCCACAGACGAGGGAGGGGCCGGACUCACAGGGUUUGCUGAUGUCCUGUUAGAGGUCCAAGAUAUUAAUGACAACGCACCCUUCUUCCCGUGUCCGGCACUGGAAGUAGACGGAUGUUUUGUCGGCCAAGUGCCUGAAAAUUCGCCCGCCGACACCUCCGUCAUGGAGAUGCGCGCCAUGGACCUGGACGACCCCAACGAGGGCAAGAACGCCAUGCUGACCUACAGCAUCAUCAAGAAUGUCCGCAAUGAAAUUAACCUCAACCUGUUCUCCAUCAACGCUAGCACAGGCACCAUAUACACAGUUCUACGUUCCCUGGACCGGGAGGUGGAGGACCGGUAUCUGGUGGUGGUGGAGGCCAGGGAUGGAGGGGGUUUGGCGGGAACAGGGACAGCUACCAUCAUGGUUUCGGAUGUCAACGAUCACCCACCUGUCUUCACUCAAAGGCUCUACACCACUCAGGUGAGAGAGGACCUGGAGGUGAACAGCGACGUUCUCGUAGUUUCUGCUACAGACGGCGAUCAGGGUGAAAAUGCCGUGGUAACCUUCAGCAUCGUUGGUGGAGACGAAGACAGGAAGUUUUUCGUGGAGACAGACAAAGUGAACCGACGCGGUGUGAUAAAACUGAAGAAGAUGGUUGACUUUGAGAAGCCCCACGAGAGGACUUUCAAUCUGACCCUGAAGGCCGAAGAUGCUGAUUUCUUCAGCCUGGCCUACUGUCUCGUUCAGGUAGAAGACUCCAAUGACCAUGCGCCCAUAUUUUUCCCACAAUUCUAUGAGUCACAAGCCAUGUCUGAAGAUGUACCUGUAGGGACAAUUGUUGCUCAGGUUACAGCUUCUGAUCUGGACUCGGGCCAAAAUGGACACUUUUCUUACAGUAUUUCAAAAGAGUCAGACCCCUACAGUCAGUUCCUGGUGGACCAGUCUGGUUGGGUGGUGGUGGCCGAUUCUCUGGACAGGGAGAAAAUCUCGCAGCACAGGAUCAUGGUCCUCGCCACCGACGCUGGGAGUCCACCCCUGACUGGCACUGCCAUCGUCAUGGUAACUGUACUUGACAUUAAUGACAAUGGACCCGAGUUUGAGGUCCCCUAUAAGCCUGUCGUUUGGGAGAACACGGCGGCACCCCAGGCAGUUCAGAUGAACGAAACCUCCCUCCUCCUCCACGCCACCGACCGGGACACCUCCACCAAUGGCGGCCCUUUCUCCAUACGGCUUCUCAUGCUCACCUCGGAUGCAACCAACUUCAAUUUGACUGACUUUCGAAACGGCAGUGCAGCCAUCACUGCCCUCCGGACCUUCGACCGCGAGCGGCAGAAGGAAUACCACCUCCCGAUCCUCAUGAUUGACAGUGGCUCACCUCCAAUGAGCUCCACCAGCACGCUGACGGUCAUCAUUGGCGACAGGAAUGACCACCCACAUUCACCAGGACACGCCAACUUCAUCGUCUACAGUUAUGAGGGUAUUCUCCCGACGACAGUGCUUGGACAAGUUCAAUCUCCCGACCUUGAUGACUGGAGUGAGAAGGUGUACCGGUUCGAAGGCAAACCAUCCAGGCUCUUCAGUCUGAACCAGAGCUCAGGUCAGCUCACUAUCAGGGAGGGGACUCCUUCAGGCUCGUACCUCCUGCAGGUACGCGUGUCGGACCACACCUGGCCUGACGUUAUCUCCACAGCUCAGGUGGACGUCAGGGAGCUGCAUCAAGACGGUCUGCAGAACGCCGCCUCCAUUCGUGUGACCAAUCUGACAGUGGAGGAGUUUUUUAGCGGAGGUGAGGAGAGUCGGUUCUCUCGUCUGGGUCGAAUGUUGGCUGAACUCCUGCACACUUUGCCGGAAAAAGUCCAGAUCUUCUCUGUGGGCGACGCCGGCCAGCAGGGAGAGAAGGCCAUCAAUGUAUGGUUUGCCGCUCACGGCUCGCCGUACUACAAGGCAGAGAAGCUGCACGGCUACGUGGCAGCAUACAAAGCCAGGUUGGAGGGCCUGUUGGGCGUGUCCAUCUCUCAGGUGAGCGUUGAUGACUGUCCCUCCACAGACUGCAGUCAGUCUGGAGGCUGCAGCACGGAGGUUUCAUUCAGCCAGGCCCCAGUGGCUCUCAGCACUGGUAACACCUCCCUGGUGUCGCUGUCCGCCUCAUCUAGAGUGCGAUGCGGCUGCCGGGGCAGAGAGGCAAUCCACCUGCCCUGCUCAGCCUACCCCACCAACCCCUGCCUCAAUGGUGGCACCUGCCAGGACGGUCCGCUGGGAUACAGGUGUAAGUGUCCUCCCAUGUUUGAUGGGCCUGAGUGCCAGCAGACCAAACACAGCUUCGGUGGCCAGGGCUACGCCUGGUUCCCUCCCAUCAUGCCUUGCUUUCAGAGCCACAUCUCCCUGGAGUUCCUGGCUGAGUUGGCAAAUGGGCUGCUCCUCUACAACGGUCCGCUUGGCCCUGCCCACUCUGGGGAGGAGGAGGACUUCAUCGCCGUCGAGUUGAGAAACGGGGUUCCAGCUCUGAGUAUAAACCACGGAUCAGGAACGCUGACCCUGCAGCUGCCGCCUACAUCCACUGUCUCCGACCGACGCUGGCAUCGCCUCGACAUCAUCAGCGACGGAAAGGCUGUGCAGCUGAUCCUGGACCAGUGUGGGGGGGUGGCAGUAAAUGAGUUGGAGGGCGUCGGGGGGGAUAUCCAGGAGGUGGACGAGUCUGGCUGCAGAGCUGCAGGAGAGACUCCAGGAAACCAGAGGUAUCUGAAUGUCUUCCAGCCUCUUCAGAUGGGAGGAGUGAAGGAAACAUCUCCUCAUCGACGUUACCGCAGUUUCACCGGCUGCAUCCGCAACCUGGUGGUGGACAGUCAGGUGUACGACCUGGCGUCUCCAGGUGAGAGCGUGGACAGCACCCCUGGGUGCAGGCUGACAGACGGGGUGUGUGUGACGGCGGCCGGCCCCUCCUGCGGCAUUCAGGCCUCCUGUCUCGCUGACUGGGGCUCCUUCAGCUGCCAGUGCCACCCAGGAUACACCGGACACAAGUGUGACACUGCCGUCCCAGAGUUCUCCUUUGAUUCGGGCAGCGUUGUGCGUUAUCAGCUCAGAGGAGGCGGGAGCUCUCGCCGCACAAACAUCCAGCUGCUCCUCCGAACCAGGGCCACCUCGGGCACCCUGCUCUCCGUGACGUCCCGGGAGGCCAACGAGUACAUCGUCCUGGAGAUCACGGAGGGUCACCUCUCUGUUCGUGCCAACCUUGGUGAUGGUGCCCAUGCCCUGCAGCUCCCCGGCCAGCGCGUGGACAUCGGGCAGUGGGUUCUGGUCAGUCUCAGUCGCCAUGAUAACCUGUUCACCCUGCGGUUGGAGCAGGGCGGGGGCUCGCGGGAGGUCCAGGCCCAGCUGGGGAGCAGCAGGGAGAUCGUGGUUCACCCGGCCAGCGUGAUGGUCGGGAACAGCCAGAACGCCGGAGACAAGGACGACUUUCAGGGCUGCCUGCGGGACGUUCGUUUUAACGGUCAGGUCCUGCCUCUGGACGGGCAGAGCCGGGACUUGGUGACGGUGCUGGAGAGCCGGAGCGUCACCUCGGGGUGCUCCAGCGACGCCUGCAGCGGCCAACCCUGCCACAGCCCGCUGCGCUGCAUCGACCUGUGGAGGAAACACCAGUGCAGGUGUCCCGGCGGUCAGGUGACUGUGACCGAAGACUCAGGUCAGCAGCGUUGUGUGCCGUCGCCCUGUGGACCUUCUUCCUGCCAAAACGGUGGCCUCUGCCAGGCGCUGUCGCCCGACAGCUACCGGUGCCGGUGCCAGGAGGGGUUCAGGGGUCAGCGCUGUGAGCUGGGGCAGGUCAGAGGUCACCGGCUGGCCCCCCUCAGCCCCAGCUCCAUCCUGGCCAUCAGCAUGUGUCUGCUCGUCUUCUUCGCGGUGCUGGUGGCGGUAACAGUGUGGAACCAGAAAGGCAGUCGUAACAAGUUCAGGAAGCGAGGAGUUUACCACAUCCCCGCUGAACAAGAGAGCUGGGAGGACAUCCGAGAAAACAUCCUCAACUACAACGAGGAAGGAGGCGGCGAGCAAGACCAGAACGGCUACGACAUCACAGAGUUGAAGCGUCCGCUGUGCUCCAGUUUGUCCCAGUCCUCGUCCUGCACCACCGCCCCGCUCAUCAAGUCCUCACCCGGCUCCCAGGAGGAAGUCCACCCGUCGGGCUCCUCCUGCAGCUCAGGCGCUCCCUACCUCAGCAUCCCGCAUCACCACCAUCACCACCAUCAUCAUCAUCAACACGCCACCAACAACAACUACACCAGCGACGCGACCUACGCUAACUACACCACUCAUGUAGGCCGGGAUAUGGAGGCGAGGAGCGGAGGUGGCUAUGUGGAAGCCCCUUCAGGGUCUCGCUCCCACGUGGACUUCAAAAGCUACGUGGCGCGAAUCAUCUGGGAGGCGGACAACGACAGCGAGGCGUUCGCGCCUGACGCGUACCACGUGUGGUGCGUGGAAGGCUCGGGGUCGUCAGUAGGGAGCCUCAGCUCGCUGGGGUCUGCAGCGUCACGUAGAAACGUUGGCAUCACCCAUGGCGACAAGGCGGAGGAGGAGGAGGACGAAGACGAUGAAGGAGGGUUUGUUUACGACAGGCUGUCGCGGUGGGGCCCCAAGUUCCAGGCUCUGAGCGAGAUGUACGACCGGCCCCAGCUGACCCUCACGUACAGGGACGCAGUGGCCUACAUACAGAGGAGCCACAGCCACGACCCGCUGCCUCAUCACCACUAGGGGCGCUGCACAACAACAACCGCCUAAACAUACAGUUAAUACAGAUCAGAGGGGGACAGGGACUCUGUGCUGCGUUCAAGUCCAACCUGAAAACAACCAAAAACUAAAUCAAAACAGGAUGAUAAGUCAGUAAUUCUAAAAUCAAUAUGAUAAUAAUUAUUAUUGGCCACAUACUAUCUUAUACAUACAGUACAACACAUGCAGAGUUUGUUCCCUCAUUUAACCCAACAAAAAAAACAGUCUUGAUGCAAGCAAGGCUAUUUUGUUUGAAUCUUUUGUUUAAUUUCAUUUGCCCGUGCUGUUGAUAAUUAAAUGAAAUUCCGCUACGUAAGGGGGGCGUGACAGAAAAAGUUUGAGAACCAUUGAUUAGACCCAUCCUAAUUAAUUAAAACUGCCCGGGGAGCAGUUAGGGGUUCAGGGCCUUGCUCAGAGAUGACCCAAGCCAAACCACCAGGGAGCUAAAGCUCAGUAUAUUAAUCCUAUAAUGACAUAUAUGUCACAAUUUUCAUACUCAAGAAAAAGUGUUAACCAUUUUAUGACCCAACGUCCAGACGAAAACUUCUAAAUCUCAUGUUUGUUUUUUAAUUUUAUCAAUAAUUGGAUGGUAGACUUUUAUAAAAUGAAAGUUCCCCAACAACAAAUCAGUCAUCUACCACAAAGAUACACCCCCUGGACCACAGUUUGAAUAUGACUUUUUAAAUGCUGUAUAUAUCCACAGUUUGUGGCAUUUGCAAAGGUCAUUCCCUAAAACUUUCUGUCCACAUCGCUCCAAAGAAAAACACACUUUCUGUUUUUUCGGCUGAUUAAACCUCAGAGAAAAGUUCAUGUGAGGGAUGGGUUCAAAGAAGCAAGAUAAACUCGUUAUGGAAAAGGAGGCAGUAAGGGGUGAAAACACAAGUAAACGUUUGUGGUUUCUUGAUCACAGUAACCAGUAGAUUUUUUAAAGAAGCAAAAUAAAAGUUUUUAUCACACAUUUUGUAAAUAUUAAGGAAUAAAAGUCUUAAACUCCCUGAGAGAUUUUGAGUGUGAACUGCAUUCAUCUGAAGUUUUGUAGUCCCGCCCACACAGCCCUGGAGACUGAUCAGCCACAACAACUGAAAACACCUGUGUGGGUGCACAUAUAGGGCCUUAAAAUCUGAUUGGCUGCACCAGGCACCCCGCCUCAAAAUUCCCAAUCAUGAUUGGCUGUUUGCCCUGAUAGAGGCAAGCCCAAUAGUUCAGUCUGUAAUCCUGAAUUCAUUCAGUCAUGAGGAGCAAACAGGAGACAAGCAGGAAAGCUGAUGUGAGUAAAACAAAUUCACACUGUGGCUAAUCUCACUGAUGGUAAUGACACGUGUUUAAAUUUAGCAAUAUUCAGAAUCUACCGAUGGCAGUAUAAACUGGAGAAAAAUGCAGAUAAAACCUUUCUCAGUGAUCAAACAGAAACAAACUGGUUAUUUAAAAUGCAUUUCACCCUUUUUGGAUGUUAACUACUUUGCUUCCUGUCUUCACUGGUGUGAACGCACCAGUUAAACAAAGAUAACUUUACUUAACUUUACUUAUUCUUAGUGUCACUUAUUUGUAGCGUAGCUUGUCUCUUUUUCAAUUCAAUUUUAUUUAUAUAGCGCCAAAUCACAAUAACAGUUAUCUCACAGCGCUUUUCAUAAAAGAGCAGGUCUAGACCGUACUCUGUGAAGUUAUAAUAGUUAUAAUAUAUUAUUAUUUUUGAUUCUAGUAGAGUUACGUCAGUUAAUCUGGCAAUUAAUUCCACCUCACAACUUCCCACAGUCCAGUCUUAAAAUGUCCUGAAGAUAUUUAUUAUCACGUGAGGCAAAGAAAAGAGCAAAUCCUCUCAAUGAAGAAGUAUUUCUGCUUGAAUAAUUUAUGGAAUAACAAAAUAGUUGAGUUAUUUUUCUGUUGAUUGAUUUAAUCUGCAAAUCAGGAGUCGCCAAAGUCAAAACAGUUGAACAUCUACACACAAGGAAGAAUAAAAAAUAGCCUCAGAACAGAAACGCUACCAAAACUCAUCCUGUAAAAACCUCCCGAGCAGCUUCCAGUAAAUCUGAUGGGACUUGAACGCAGCAGCAGCAGCAGCAGCUCUGUUCCCUUGUGCAGAUCGAUGGCGACACUUUUCAGGGCUUGAGGUUGACGAUGUGAUCCUCAUGUUUCCUCAUGUAGAAAACCAGAUGAAUUACGAGAAGGGCUCGCGUUGUGGUUCAGUGAUUUGAGAUAAGAAAAGCACAGAGGACUUGUUCAUAGACCAGCUUUACACAGGAACGUGUUUAUUUAGGCUUUUUUAAAGCAGGUCAAUGUGCUGGAUUUUAUUCCAUCGGGCAGUCUGUGGAUCGCUGCAUUUUAUUCUUGAAAAUGUGGACUUUCAAGGUUCAAGCUGUUAUGUUUUCUGGUGGAACAUUAACAUCAAACUAUGUCAGAAAUCUUGUGGUUAACUGUAAGAAUUCCUUUUCAACGACAUUAAGGUCUUGAUGUGAGUCUUACAGAGAGAAUUCAAAGUUCUUCUUUAAUUAAGGGCAUUUUAAGCUUUUUAUUUCUGACCCUACCAUCCAAGCGUGAAACUUACAAACAGAAAGUCAGUUUCAUAAAGAAAGUCUCCCAAGGACAAGUUUUUCUUUCACCAUCUUAUUUCUCUUCGCUGCUGUCGGCGCGUCCCCAGAUUAACCUCCGACAAACUCAAUAACCAGCUUUUUAAUUCCUCUUUUCUACCUUCCUGUUGCACUAGCGGAUGACUCAGAGUCCUCAGACAGGGCCGAGGAAUCUGAAUGCCAGUAAAAAGACUUGUAAAAUAAGCUUUGAUAGUUUUCAGAUGAGAGAUUAUUUUUAUAUUCCCCUGUGUAGAAACGUCCCAGAAGCUGCUCUCCGCUUGCAGCUGGUCGUGCUCCGUGUUAAGGUGCUUUGAGUUGCUCAGCUUGUUGUUGUGACUCUGUGCUCAGACUGCUGCAGUGUUCGGGCCGACAGGAUUCUCCUAGUCGGUCUGCAAAGGCUGUAAAUGUUUGUUGGGUGACGUCUUGGUCACGCAGAAGGUUGGAGGCCAGAGACACGGCAGUUAAAUCCCACAGGGACAUUCGAUCAUUGAGGUGAACUGGAAGGUUCAGCUGCAAAGGCCUAAAUGUGUGAAGAGAUUUAUUGAAAAAGUGUUGCGCAAAACAUACUCAAGUUUUUAAUCAUCUGCGAGUUCAGAUUUGAGAGUCAGAAACCAGCAGGACUCAGUUUGAGUGAGUAGAAGUGGUAUUCACAUUAUUCAGGCUCUUUAUGCUGCUUUGCACAGAACACAUGGGAGAGUUUCUAACUUUCUGCACGUUUUAUAGCCAGCCACGGUCUUGUGUUUACAUUUGCAAACACUCCUUAUUAAUUAGAUGCACUCAGGAAUGUAUGAAGGAAAAAUCAGAAUCCAAGAGUUUUAUUGACAAAAAAAUGAAUAAAUAUGAAAUAAACAGAUGUGCAAGUUAUAAAAGAAUAAUACAAAACAGUAGGAUUUGUAUUUCUACAAAUAUAAAAUUGACAAAAAAUAAAAAUAUAAAAGGAGAAUUAGAAAUAUAUAUAUAAGCAAUAUGGCAGUUUGUGCUGUGAUAUGCAAAAGUAGUUUUUCUAUCAUAAUGUGAAUAAAACGUACAGCGAGUUUGUGCUUACAACAUCCACUGUGCUGGCUUCAUGUGCUCCAACAGCAAAAUAGACCAUCAAGAGGUCAAAAUCUUGAUUUCUUGUGCAUGUAUGCGAGCCACAUGUGUGUUUCUUCUCACCGUCACAGUUUAAAUGUGAGGGAUACAAGCAGAACAAGCAACCUGAGCGAAGAAGAUUAUUAUUAUUCAAAUUUAGGGACACAGCUUGUCCUGCAGCUUUCAAAACCGUGAUCAGGGUUUUGAUUCUGUGUCGCUGUCGUGCGCUCAGAUCUGAACUUGCAGGUUGACUUCCACUCUAACGUUGUUUACUUAGUUUGUCUUUUCAUCGCUCAACUUCCUUAAAUGCUCAAGCGGCAAACCUUUCGUUUAGCCUGCGUUAAAGUGUCCAGCUUGAUUCAGUGAGUGGUGGUGAGAGGAUGUUUCUCAGAACGUCUCCCUGAAGUUGAGAUGAGGACCAAAAAAGGCGAGUUUAGUUCCUCACAGGUAGACCACGCACAUUUUCUCCUUCGUCCACUUUCCAACCAUCCAAAUGUGAUUUUUAAAUUUAAAGGUAUUGAUAAACAGCAGUUUUAUUAACCAGCUUGGUGUCCGAUGUUUUUUCCCAGCCUGCCUCUCGGGCUACUUUGUUGUCAUGACGCCACCUGAUGAAUGUAGUUUUAUACGUAAUGAGGAAACGUCCCCCAUCAAGGUUUUUAUGAAAGUCGUGGAGUGAAGACUACAAUCAGAGAGUUUAUUAGAAACUCUGUUAUUUGCUAAAAGUGAGUUACUCCUCAGCCGACAAAAUGGCAACACAGAUCCAACUUUUGAAAGGUUUUUCUUUGCACUUAACGUCAGAAAACAUCUGUAGAAAGAGAAUUAAAAUAAUAAAGUCUGAGUAUUUGCCGCAGGAUUGCGAUUGUAGCUCGGACAGAGAAGUUUCCAGGAGAUAUUCUCCAGGUUUGUCUCUACGCAGUCAAGUUAGUGGAACAGUUUUCAUUUCUCUUCUGGUACCUGAUUUUAACAAUCAGGUUUUAGAAUUGUACUCAAAGCUAUGCAUCCAAAUGAAAUAACACAGGUGUCCUUUCUAAGAAGCUGGUGUGCAGCUCCAAAUGUGGUGUCCUGAGUUUUGACCUGUACUGUGCGACGCACCUGUUGAUGUUUUGUGUAAAUCCAGUGUUUUUAAAGUGGUUUAAUAUGCGUGCAAGUGUGUGUGUUGAGUUCAUGCACACUUAUUAGACUGGGAGUGUAAAGUGUAAUUUUGCGAGGUGUUGAUCUGUAUGAUAAUGAUGUACAUAUGGACGUUUUUAUAGCAACCUAACAUGAGAUAUUCCUUUUUGUAUAUGACUUUUAAUAAAAAUGGCUUUUCCCCAAA